CUCACUCGUACACGACCUCACGAUGUCCCGAGCUCCUGCAACGACCUUCACCUUGUCUCCCGAUAACCCAUCCAAUGCAACCAUCUACGAUGCAAGCGGGAGGGCCCUGUACACUGUCGCAACACGGCGGCUCUGGUCUGGGACGACGACGUACGUCAUGAACGUGAACGGCUCCGUUCUCGCUUCCCUAGAGGAGAGGGAUUUUCUUCCCAACAGAGUGACGAUCGGGAAGAAACCACCCGUUCCGUUGCGCAACUGGCUGCACACGAGCCUUGCGGACCUCUCGGCGAACGCGAACGUGUCCGUCAAAGACGCCCUAGGACGCAAGUACAAAUGGCGAGGUUACGCACCCGGCUACGGAGGCACCACCAGCACGCUCGAGCUCUACACCAAAGACGACAAUUAUGCCGAGCCCAUUGCCCGUUUCGACCGUCCUCAACAGCGGUAUGAAGCGGGGACGCGCUAUGCGGGCGCGGGGACGGGCGCCGAACCUGCAACGCUCGUGUUGGCAGGUCGUGCGCUGGAGAUCCGGGACACCGUUGUGAUAUCGUGCCUCUUCCUGGAGAGAGCUCGCAGGAAGAACGAGAGCCUCGAAAAGAGCAGUGCGGAGGCGUUAUCCACGCUACCGACGCUCGCGGUCACCUAUGGAUGGGGCCGUUAAUGCCUGUCAGGCCUCGCCUUGGGCUUUGGAUUCUUACGACCACAUAUCUCACUGUAAAUUAAUAUUGUGGGCAGGUAGCUUACCGUAGCAUCCUUAUAAUGUAUCCGGUCAAUACACGGUGGUUCUGGAAGCUGCGGACUCAACUAGUAUAGUAUUCGCAGUAUUAUUUCUGUAACCACACUAGCAUGUAUGCGUCUCCUCGUGUGGGUCACUUAUUGAUACUCCUCAACUAUAUCGGUACGACCCAGAUGCGGAGGUGUUUUCUAGACCAGAUACCAAGGCACAAGCCAAAACAGG